AUGCCGCAGUCUCAGAUACUAACAUACCUCAGGAAGACACCCAUGGAACGGGAGGUGGUGAUUCACCAAAUUAGAAUUACUCUCACCAGCCACAGUGUCGGGUCUUUGGAGAAGGUGGGUGUUGGCUUGAUCAGAGGCUCAAAGGAAAAGAAUCCCAGAGUGAAAGGACCAGCUACCAAGACUCCAAGAAUCACUCCAGGAAAAUCUCCCUGUGGGGAGGGUUGUAUGACUUGGAGUUGGUUUCAGAUGAGGAUCCACAAGCAACUGAUUGACUCUCACAGCCCUACCGAUGUUAAGCAGACUCCUUCCAUCAGCCUUGAGCCAGGGGUCGAGGUUGAAGUCACUGUGGGAGGUCCUUCCCCGUCCUCUGCGCUCCUCCAACACCCGUUCUCCUCAGUGAGUCCCGCCAAGGGCGGCGCUGCCCUCUUCUGA